AAAAAGGGGGUAAAACGUGUGAUGCAUAAAGUAAUAACAUACGGUUAUAAAUAUUUUUUAAUUUAUUAUUUAAAUAAUUUUAUCAUUCGAUCAACAAUAAUUAUUACAUUAUUAUUCCUUUUCAGGAUCUGAGCUGAUUACUUUUUUUAUCACUAGAUGUUGGCAGUAUUUGUAGCUAAUUAUCAAACUGCGGGAUUGCUACAACUUCAUUCUCUUCAGUCAGUCAGUCAAAAUUCGAUCAUGGCGGCGCUUAACGUUGAACUUCCUAAAAUGGAACCAUCACUGCGUACGUUAAAACUAUCAGGACAUGUCGGUUUCGACAGUCUGCCCGAUCAGCUGGUGAACAAAAGUGUUCAAAAUGGGUUUGUGUUCAACAUACUUUGCAUUGGUGAAACGGGUUUGGGCAAGUCCACCUUGAUGGACUCAUUGUUCAAUACAAAUUUCGAAUCUACUCCUAGUCCACACAACUUGCCAACAGUAAAACUAAAGGCUCAUACUUAUGAGUUGCAGGAGAGCAAUGUGAGAUUGAAGCUUACGAUCUGUGACACUGUGGGGUAUGGAGAUCAAGUAAAUAAGGAGGACAGUUUUAAGGCAGUAGUGGACUACAUUGAUGCUCAGUUUGAGGCAUAUCUCCAGGAAGAGCUCAAGAUCAAGCGCUCACUGCCCACAUACCAUGACAGCAGGCUGCAUGUCUGCUUAUACUUCAUAUGCCCGACCGGUCAUGGGUUGAAAUCAAUUGAUCUAGUUUGCAUGAAGAAACUGGACACAAAGGUGAACAUCAUCCCCAUCAUCGCUAAGGCUGAUACUAUCUCCAAAACUGAACUACAGAAGUUUAAGUCGAAGAUAAUGCAAGAACUGCAGGCGAACGGAGUGGAGAUUUACCAGUUCCCCGUGGACGACGAGUCCGUGUCCGAGGUGAACGGCACGAUGAACUCUCACAUCCCCUUCGCCGUAGUGGGCAGCACUGACUUCGCCAAGAUCGGGAACAAGACCGUCCGCGCUAGGCAAUACCCCUGGGGAACCGUGCAGGUGGAGAACGAGUCCCACUGCGACUUCGUGAAGCUGCGCGAGAUGUUGAUCCGUACCAACAUGGAGGACAUGCGCGAGAAGACGCACGCCCGCCACUACGAGCUGUACCGCCGCCGCCGACUGCAGCAGAUGGGCUUCACCGACGUCGACGCUGACAAUAAACCGGUAUCGUUCCAGCAGACGUUCGAGCAGAAGCGCGCAGCGCACGUGGCGGAGCUGCAGCAGAAGGACGACGAGAUGCGGCAGAUGUUCGUGCAGCGCGUCAAAGAGAAGGAGGCCGAGCUCAAAGAGGCUGAAAAGGAGCUGCAUGCGAAGUUUGAUCGCUUGAAGAAAGAUCACACAGAAGAGAAGAAACGUUUGGAAGAGCUUCGCAAGAAGAUAGAAGACGACGCGAUUGAAUUCAACAGACGCAAGCAGGCAGCAGCACAACACCACCACACGCUCACGCUCGGCAAGUCCAAGAAGAAGUAACAUCAUCAUACACUGCUAUAUAGAUUCCCUCGAUACAUCAACGCAGUUAUUACAUUUUUAUAUUGAACGUGUAGCUUGCUAGAUUCGUCAUAAUUUUAGGUGACAACUAUUAGUACAGUUUUUGUACGUCCAUUUGUGUCAUUAAAACUACGUUUUUAAUAUCGCACUUUUACCGCACUAUCGAUGUUUAAUUAUCAAAUCAUGGAGAUUAUCGAACCUAUAAAUGUUACAGUGUAUACGAUGGUAAACUUCGUUACUAUCACUAGUAACGUGUUGAUAGUAUACUAUUGAUUUUAUAUCGGCGUAUCGAUAGUGGAGUGUUGAACAGCAACACUAAUCGGAACAAUAUCAAAUCUUGAAUGAAACAGACAGAUUGUAAUGUAAUAUCUAAUUAAUUUCACAUUAAUGAUUUAAUAAAAUAUGCAUUAUCCAUAUUUAUUUACGAUGUGCGAGUGAUUGUUAUUGUAAGGCGUGUACCAAAUGUAUUAAUAUAUAUUUACAUUAUUUUAUUGGUAGGUUAAGAACUUGAUGCGUGACCAUGUUUAAUUACAAUUGGGAAUUAAAUAUAUAAAUAGUAAUAUGUUUUAAAUUAAUUGAUGCCAAGAUUUAAAUUAUUUAAUAAUAUUGUGACAUAGUCAAGCAUUAAAGUUAACGAAGUAUAUUGAAAUAAAUAAACAUAGUUGUGUUUAAAUAGUUUAUUGUGAACUGAUCAAAUUAUCGCUUAUAAUAAAUUUGCCUAUAAAUAACUAGAUUUAGUAAAGUAUUAAAUAUAAUUAGAAUUGCUUUUGUAUGCUGGACGGAUUAAUUCAUGGACGGACAUAAAUGAUGUGUUAUGUUAUUCAAAUACUCUUGUGAACUAUGUAACACUCUCUACAUGCGACUGUAAGUUUAUAUUUUCUGAUGUAACAAAAAAAUGUGAACCAUCCUUAGAAUUCUAAUGUUUCCGUAUGCAUUUACUCAUUCAUUCCUAGUUUUAAUGUAAUUUUAUACUUAAUUUUUUAAUAAUCAAAUUACCUGACUAAGGUAUUCAAUAAAUCAUUAAAUCAUACAAGAGUUUCCUUA